CUCUCUGCCUCUCUCCCUCUCUCCAUAUCUCUCUCUGAUCAUUUUGUUCUCAUCGGAAAUGGCAAGUGACGGCGCUGGUGUUCCAAAGUCGAAACCUUUAGCGGACGAAACCCUCGAUUCCAUCACGCCUCCGCACGUGACUGGUUUCUCCGGCGGCGAAGCCGAUCAUCUCCCUGUUUUGGUCUCAUCGGACAUGGCGAGUGACGGCGGCGGUGUUCCAAAGUCGGCGGAUGAAACCCUCGAUUCCAUCGCGCCUCCGCACGUGGAUGAUUUCUCUGGCGGCGAAGCUGAUCAUCUUCCUGUUUUGGUCUCAUCGGAAAUGGCGAGUGACGGCGACGGUAUUCCAAAGUUGGCGGAUGAAACCCUCGAUUCCAUCACGCCGCCGUACGUUGCUGCUGACGGCGAAGCUGAUCAUCUUCCUGUUUUGGUCUCAUCGGAAAUGGCGAGUGACGGCGACGGUGUUCCAAAGUUGGCGGAUGAAACCCUCGAUGGCAUCGCGCCUCCGGACGUGGCUGAUUUCUCCGGCGGCGAAGCUGAUCCUGUUUCCGGCGUCGUGGGUCAUGAAUCUGGUGAUGAGUCUAUGACUGAUGCUGAUGAGGGUGAGAAUAGAAGGAAGCGACAGUUACCGAGUGGUGAAGACGAUGUGGUGGAUGGAGAAAUCGCGAAUCUCGAUGUUGAUCCGUUUGGUGGAAAGUUGAAUUGUUCUUUGUGCUCUCAGUUGCUUGAAAGACCCGUCUUGACACCAUGUGAACACAACUUCUGUUUAAACUGUUUUGAAAAGUGGAUUGAUCGAGGGAAUACCAGUUGUGCAAAAUGCCGUAGCCCAAUUCCUGACAAAAUGGCAAGCAAUCCUCGGGUGAACACGUUUCUGGUGCCUUUUAUCCGUACUGCAAAAUCUUUUCCGUUGAUGAACAACCAGGAUGGUCUAGAGCAUGCCAUUAAAAGCAAGCGCGCAAAGAAAACUGCGACUUCAAUGAUGUAUGUUACAACACCAUCAGAUCACUUUGGUCCUAUACCUGCUGAGAAUGAUCCUAUCAGGAACCUAGGUGUGUUAGUUGGUGAAUCCUGGGAAGACCGAGCAGAGUGUCGCCAGUGGGGGGCUCACAUUCCACAUAUUGUUGACAUUGCGGGUAAAUCAGAUUACGGAGCUCAAUCUGUAGCACUCUCGGGACGUUUUAAGGAUGACGUGGAUAAUGGUGAAUGGUUUCUAUUCACAGGAAGUGGCAAGGGAUUCGAGGAUCAGAAAUUUGAAGGAGUGAAUGAAGCUUUAAGAGUUAGUUGCAAAUUUGGGUAUCCUGUUCGAGUUGUCAGGUCUUACAGGCAGAAGCGUUCUGCAUAUGCCCCUGAAAAAGGAGUGAGAUAUGAUGGUGUUUACAGGAUUGAGAGGUGCUGGCGCAUAGCUAGAAUGAAUGAUUCUUUUAAGGUCUGCCGUUAUUUGUUUGUGAGAUGUGACAAUGAGCCAGCUCCGUGGAACAGUGAUGAGCAUGGAGAUCAUCCAAGACCUUUGCCUACUUUUGAAGAGCUUAAUGAGCCCACAGACGUGUUUGAGAGAACGGAGAGUCCAGCAUGGGAUUUUGAUGAAGGUGAGGGUCUUUGGAAAUGGAUGAAGCCUCCACCUGAGAGUCAAAAGUUAGGUCAUGAUUCGGACGAAGAUUCGGGUGAUGAAUGGGAAGAAGAUUUGGUGGAAGAUGAGAGCAUUCAAGAGAGGUUCGCUUUGGAAUGUCUUGCCCUCUAUGUCGCCUUCAGGCUCAGUGUUUCAUCAUCUACCGUAUACCGUGAUUAGAAGAAUCACAGGCAAAUAACUUGACUCUUUUUGGUUGGAUCCCUUAGUUAUCUCUUUUUGGUACCAAAACACUCCUCUCUUAUAACUCUUUUAAGUCGGGGCAUGUACUUUUUGUAUAUUACAAUCUCUCCCGGCUUCCUGAAAAGGUUUAUGUGAAAUAUUUUUAAAACCUGUUGGAUAGU